AGACAGAAGCAAGAUGACGAAUUCUUUUCGAAUCACUGCCGCAUGUGUAAAUCAAACUUUAAGAUCAGUAUAAAACAGAUCGAAGUUUUGACAGAAUCGGCAGUUUUUAAAGAUGGAUGCCGUUUUACCAGCUUUCAUUGAUAUCAGAGAAAUCGAGCAGGCUCUGGAAAUAAGACAGUACUUGAAAUCAGCAGGUGCUGAUCUUGGAGAUGACUGUAAAGAAAAUAUCCAUGAAGAAAUUAUAUGUCUUCUUGAUGUUUGUGAUAACUGGCUGAAAUCAGCUAGUGAUGCAGAUCUGGAAGCAAUGAUGAACAGCUUCAUAUCACUAAUUCUCGUAUGUACAAAUGAAAGAGAGAAGAUCACACAGAAAUUCUGCUCAAAAAUUACAGAUGUUGGUGCAACAGAAGCAAAUGCCAUGCUGAGAUUACGCAUACUUGGUUGUUUCUUUGCUGGGCUAAAUGAAGACUGUCCUCUAAGAUAUGAGGUAUACUGUAGUCAACUCAAGUUAGCAACCCAAUUUGGACUUACAGAUAAUGUAGAAACAAAACUGAAAGAGGCUAGUUCUUGGUUGGAGCUGUGGAAUCUAGAUAUUGAAAAGAAGCGAAAGUGUUAUAGGUUGUUGCAUAGUGCUCUUAAGGAUAGUAAAAACAGCAACGAGGCAACCAAAGUGAUGCUGGAGAUUUUAGGUACAUAUGAUGACAGGAGUGCAACUGAAGCUAAAGAUGAUGCCUUGCAGUGUAUUCUGCACUGCAUCAAUAAACCAGAUGUGUUUAUCAUGGACCAUCUCUUACAACUAAAGCCUGUUCUUGCCUUAGAAGGGCAACCAAUCCUAAAGUUAUUGAAAAUAUUUGUGUCUGGAAAAUUACAAGAUUAUAUGGAUUUUUUCGAAAAGAACUCCAACUUCGUACUUGGCUUACCUGGGGUGAACCAUGAAGGAAACAUCAACAAAAUGAAAAUUUUGACGCUUGUCUCGAUUGCACGGGAGCAGUCAGAGAUCGAGUUUGGCCCUCUCGCUAAACAACUGUUGUUAAACGAGGACGAGGUUGAAGAAUUUGUCAUUGAAGCUGUAAAGAGUGAUCUCUUUCAUGCCAAGCUUGAUCAAGUUAAUGAAAAGGUUAUUCUUGAUUCAUCAAAUCGUCGUACAUUCGAACGAAAAGAGUGGGAAGAGCUUAGACAGAAAUUGGAACAAUGGAGAGAGAAUCUGUUGACUAUAAAGGGACAAUUGGAACAAGUUGUACCACCAGUGUAAAAUUAUUGGCAGCAUUGAA